UCCAACAGGUUUCGGGAUAUGAGCUUGUUUGGGGAAGACGACGCUUAGUGCGUGUGACAGUUUGGAGGUUUCAAACUAAAAUAUCCUGAAGACCCUUGUUAAGUCCCAUGUUUUUCUGAGGAGAGAAGGAACACACACUCCCGGACCGGAGGAGCCGGAUAAGCAGGUUCCAUGUCUGUUUUCUUUCAAUGGCAGCCUUAAUGAUGUGGAUCGCCGUGCUGGGUUUUCUUCAGUUGGCUUACUGCUCGCUCACCUACCGACACCUUUCAGGGAGUUCACCGUUAUUGGACCAACAGUCAGCCAAUGCCUUCCUGUCUCGCUCACUGCUUUAUAACAGCUGGGACUUUGAACUAGUGGUCCCGGACAAUCUUGAAAGGGAAUGUCAGGAGGAGAUAUGCACAUAUGAAGAGGCCAGAGAAGUGUUUGAGGAUGACGUUCUGACGGAAGUGUUUUGGAACGACUAUAUCGAAAACUACGCACCAAGCGUGGACGUGUCCGGCCUGGUGGCAGGGAUCCUGGCAUUAUUGGUGUGUGCUGUGAUUGCCACUGUGCUGGGUUUCUACUUCUACAAGGCCAAGAACAAAGGGGGAAGGAGACCUGUGCAGAUGGUGCAAGAUGGCCGCCCAGCCCCAGAGAUGGUGCCCCUGGCAACUGCCCCGGGUCUACCAAGUUACAGCGAGGCUCUGAACCGCAGUGGGAUGCACGAUGCCCCACCGCCACCUUAUUCAGGGGGGGCGCCAUCUGAGUUUGCAAACCCAGGAGACAACGAGUGAGCCAGGUCUGAGCCAGCCAGCCAGCCAGCCAGCCAGAGCUGCUUCAAAGUGGUUGAUGCUGGCGCUUGAUGAUGGUUUGAGUCAAGUUUAAAUAUUGCAUGUUGGAUAACGUAUUUAUAGGCGGAGUUGAUAGCCAAACUCAAAAUGGACACUUUUGACAGGAUGACGUACCGUGUUUAGAUGAGAUGCUCUUAAUUGGGUAGAAGUGAGGGGUGGGGCUGUUUUUUUGUUUGUUUGUUUGUUUUCCUCUCCCCUCUCCCCAUUACGUCCAGUUUAUGUGCAUGAUGUGGCCGAGUCACAAUAAAUCCAUUAAGAUGGUUAUA